GAGAAAGGAAAGAAGAAAGAAUGAAAGAGUUCAGCCAUUGUUUUUGCAUCAUGCAAGGUGGGCUUUAUUCACUGUAGUUUACAUGCUCAUUUUGUAUGAAAUUUCAGUAAUUCUUGUUUGUGCCUGUUUCUGCAGGCCUUAGAUUAACAGGAUUUGGUAUACAUCAACAAACUCACCUGACCUGGAUAUAAACAGGAACUUCCUGCGAAGGGGUAUGCAGUAAACUGCUUGCUGUCUGAUAUGGAUAAAAGGUCACAGAAACGAAAACAGUUGAAACUAGGGAACAAAACACAGGAAAAAGACUUUAGAGAGAAAGCAGAGAUACAGAAUGUGUGUGCUACAAAUGGGAGAACAGAGCAGUGCUGUGGGGAGCACAGACAGAGACUGGAGUUGUUCUGCCAGGAGGAUGAGACGUUUAUUUGUGUCCUGUGUGUUCCCAGACAUUCCAACCACAGUUUUGUGUUUCUGCAUGAAGUAGUCAAUGUGUAUAAGGACAAAGUCAAAAGAGCCUUAUCAACCAUCCGUUCCAAAGUUGGUGUUCUAAAAAAUGUACAAAAAAAGAAUGACAAGGAACUCGGUGCCAUGCAUGUAGAUGGUUGUAGUUUGCAACAAUACAUUAUACAAGAGUUUGCAAAACUGCAUCAGUUUCUCCAUGAAAAGGAAAAGAAACUCAUUCAACAACUUAAGACAGAAGAAGAAAAAAUUCUGAAUGAAACUGAAGAAAACAUUACCUACAUUAAAAGUGCUGUUACAGCCACCAGCAUUACAAUGGUUGAUGCCAACUUGAAGCCCCAGAAACUAGUAGUAGAGACUCCAGAAGAAAACAAUUUAUGCAUUAAAAAUGAUAUUAUGGCCUUUCAGGAAGCAGUGCCACAUGAGUCUAAAGCUGAAAAACAGGAAAGUGCUGGUUUUCUCACAGUACCAGUAUUGUUUGAGGAUGUUGCUAUUUCUUUCUCAGAAGAGGAAUGGAAGAUGUUGAGAAAACAAGACAAGGAACUUCACAGGGAAGUGAUGGUACAGAAUUAUGAAACAUUAAUUUCUAUUGGAUAUGAAGUCCCAUCAGAGAAAUUAUUAUUGCUUCUUAAAGAAGGUUAUGGGGAACUGCCACAGGAUGAUGCUGUGAGAAAAAAUGCCACAGAAAAGAACCAUAACCCUGAGCACAAGCUGAAUGAUGGAAGCACAGAGUACAGCAUGAUUUGCGGUCAGCAGCAACCAGCACUGGGGUCAUCCGUAUUGCAUCACCAUACAGACAACCUCCACCACUGUGCUCAACUUAUAAAGGGUGCCAACAGGCUUAAUUUCACACCUGCAACACAGCUCCACUCUGGGCUUAACUGUAACAUGCGCUGUGAAUUUAAUGCAAGUCUUGCUGUGCAACAAGGUCCAGCAGUACACCAGCCAUCUUAUGCAAUGGACAAACCAUAUAAAUGUCCUGAAUGUGAUAAGUAUUUUGCAACUGAAGAUAGUUUGAUGGACCAUCAGACCAGUCAUGUGGGGAGCAAACCAUAUAAAUGUACUAAGUGCAGUAAGUGUUUUACACAGAGUUAUAAUAUGGUGCAACAUAUGGCUGUUCACACAGGAGCAAAACCAUACAAGUGUACUGAAUGCAGUAAGUGUUUUGCACGAAGAUGUAAUCUGAUGCACCAUCAGAAUACUCAUAUGGAGAUCACACCAUAUAAAUGCACUGAAUGUAAUAAGUAUUUUACACAGAGUUAUAAUUUGAUGCGCCAUAUGGCUAUUCACACAGGAGUAAAACCGUACAAGUGUCCUGAAUGCAGUAAGUGUUUUUCACGUAAGAGUCAUCUAAUGCAACACCAGCUCAUUCAUACAGGUGCAAAGCCAUAUAAAUGCACUGAAUGUAGUAAGUGUUUCACACACCAGAAGAGUCUAGUUUAUCACCAAGUCACUCACACGGGGAACAAACCAUAUAAAUGUGCUGAAUGCAGUAAGUGUUUUUCACAUAAAAGGGACAUGAUACGCCACCAGGCCACUCACACAAGAGAAAAACCAUAUAAAUGUGCUGAAUGUAGUAAGGGUUUCAUGCACCAAAAAAGCUUGAGAUAUCAUCAGACUAUUCACAUGGAGAACAAACCAUAUAAGUGUACUGACUGCAGUAAGUCUUUUUCAUGGAGCAGUAGCUUGAUACACCAUCGUGCCAUUCAUUCAAAGGGGAAACUAUAUAAAUGUACUGAAUGUGCUAAGAGUUUUUCAUGUAACAGUCAACUGAUUCGACAUCAGGCCCUUCACAGAGGUGAAAAAACAUAUAAAUGUGCUGAAUGUAGUAAGUGUUUCACACAUGCAAAUAGCCUAUUCUAUCAUCAGGUCAUUCACUUGAAGAAGAAAGCAGUCCUCACAAACAUCAAAGACGUUAUUAAGCCCAAUGAGAGGGGAGGUGAUAUUAAAAAUCGAACGGAACAAGCAGAAGCAUCAUGGAUUAUUAGGACUCAGGCACAUUGUUACCCUGGAUUAAAUGACAGGGUACCAUUAAAGCCCACACUUAAAAAAACAGAAGACUAUGAUCGUGAAGUUGUCAAUGUACAGUUAAAAGCAGUUUAUAGCCAGAACAAAGCACUUAAGAAAGAGAUGCAAGUACCAGAAAUGUUUGAGGAUGUUGCUGUAAUGUUCUCAGAAGCGGAAUGGAAGAUGUUAAAAAAACAAGACAAGGAGCUUCACAGGGAAGUGAUGGUACAGAACUAUGAAACAAUGAUUUCUGUUGGAUACAAAAUACCACCAGAGAAAUUGUUACUGCUGCUUAACACAGAUUAUGAUGAACUGCAAAAGGAAGACGUGGUGGGGAAAAAUGCCACAGGAGAAAAGGAUAUUCUUGAAGAAAAACUCAGCAGUAUCAGAAGCAUAGACUGUGGUGUGGGAUGCUAUCAGCAACCAGCACUUGGAAUGCCACUAUUACAUCACCUUAUAGAGAAUCUACAACACUGUGUUUUACCUGCAAAGGGCUCAGAAAGCCUUCCUCUUACACCUGUGCCACAGCUUUACCCAGAGAAUACCUGCAGCAAGAGCUAUUGUUUUGGCACAGAUUUAGCAGGACAGCAAAGUCCACUAAUAAAUCCAAGAUCUUAUACAGCAGAAAAACUAUAUAAAUGCACAGAGUGCAGUAAGUGUUUUUCACAGAGCAGUCAUCUAAAGUGCCACCAGGCCAUUCACAAAGGGGAGAAACCAUAUAAAUGCACUGAAUGCAGCAAGUGUUUUUCAUGGAGCACUAGUUUAAUGCGGCAUCAGGCCGUUCACACUGGGGAGAAACCAUACAAGUGUCCCAAAUGCAGUAAGUGUUUUUCACAGAAUAGUCAUCUGAUUCGCCAUCAGUCUGUUCACACGGGAGUAAAACCAUAUAAAUGUAAUGAAUGCAGUAAGUGUUUUUUACAGAGAUGUGAUAUGAUACACCAUCUAGCAAUUCACACAGGACAGAAACCGUAUAAAUGUCCUGAAUGCAAUGUAUUUUCACGACGUAGUCUUAUGAUGCGCCAUCAGACUGUUCACACAGGGGAGAAACCAUAUAAAUGUCCAGAAUGCAGUAAGUCCUACGGAACAAAGAAAGGACUCCUGUACCAUCAAGACACCCACACAGAUGAAAAACCAUAUAAAUGCACUGAAUGCAGUAAGUGCUUUUCAUGUGUUCGUAGUUUAAAGAGUCACCAGAUCACCCACAAAGGGGAAAAAACAUAUAAAUGUACUGAAUGCAGUAAGUGCUUUUCACGUAGCAGUAAUUUGAUGCGCCAUCUGGCCACUCACAAUGCGGAAAAAACUUACAAAUGUCCUGAAUGCAGUAAGCGUUUUUCAUAUAGCAGUACACUGAAGUACCAUCAGGCCCUACACAAAGCGGAUAAAAAUUCAAAUGGGGAUGUUCCAGGAUGAUUCUUUGUCUCUGCUUUUCUUUUGUCUUGUCCUUAACCCAUCAAGCUAUCCUCUUAACAGAUUAGUCUAGGGUUAUCAUUUGUCUCUUAAAAGCAACUCCGUUUAAAGAUUUCUCUACUUUUUGUGGACAACUUAAAAUUAGCUCAUCAGAUGAGGAGCUGAAAGCACAAAACAACAGAUUUUUGAAAAACAGUAUAUAGAUC